AUUUCACUUGAAUGAUAUUUCAAACUGUUUGGAAGUUGUAGAAAUCAUGGCGUUCAGUAAAGUUGAUUGGAAUACUCCUCUACCGUUUUGGCAAAAUGGACCAGCACCUGGUGCAUUUUAUAACUUUCCUGGAACUUCUACUCAAUCCAAUAGUGGAGGAUUCCAAAGAUCACAGGCGCCGAUGACGACUGGUACAUCCGUAGUCGGAAUUCAAUUUAAAGACGGUGUUCUUAUAGCAGCAGACAUUCUUGGAUCAUAUGGAUCAUUAGCUCGAUUUAGAAAUCUAGAACGUGUAAUGAAAGUAAAUGAUAAUAUUAUUCUUGCUGCUGGAGGAGAUUAUGCUGAUUACCAGUGCCUUAAAAGUAACAUAGAAAAGAAAAUUCUUGAAGAAGAAUGUUUGGAUGAUGGAUUAUCUUUAAAACCAAAAGCUCUACAUUGCUGGUUAACUCGAGUAAUGUACAAUAGGAGGUCACAUUUUGAUCCAUUUUGGAAUAAUUUUAUUAUUGGUGGUAUAGAAGGAGAUAAAUUAUUUUUAGGUACUGUGGAUAAACUUGGUACAGCUUACAUUGAUCCAGUAAUUGCAACUGGGUAUGGUGCAUAUAUGGCAACACCAAUUCUCAGAAAAGCUCAUGAAGAAAAUAAAGAUAUGACUAAAGAAGAGGCAGUUGAGCUUUUAUAUAAAGUGAUGCAGGUUCUUUAUUAUAGAGAUGCACGAUCUUUUCCAAAAUAUCAAGUUUGGUAUAAUCACAAAAGAUGGGGGUGUUGAAUACAAGGACCACUGACUCUAGAUAGUUACUGGAACCUGCUAUCAUGUAAAAAUAAAUAUAAGUACAAUUUUUUGUCUUAAUAAAAUGAUUUACAACAUAA